AUGGUAGGAAAUUGGGCGUACAUGGCACCUGAAAUUUUAACUAAAAAUGAUGAUUAAAAUAAGAUAUACUCUAAAAAAUCGGAUUCUUAUUCAGUUGGCUUACUACUAUCUUUGCUUGACAAUUACUUAAUUUUGAAAGAAUAAACAGGAACUACUUUUAUGAAUAUGACUUAAAAUUAAUAUGAAGAGCCUUUCAAAAAAUAAAAAAUAAAAAUUAAGCAAGACACUGAAAUAUUUAAAUUUAUUCAACAAUUAGUUGUCUGGGAAAGAGUCAACAGGGCUUCUCUUUCUAUUAUUGUUGAAUAGAAUUCAAACAAAUUCAAAUCAAACUAAAAUGAUAUGAAAUAAAUUAUAUCAUAGCAUUAUUUAGGUCCUAUAUAAAAUAUUGAGGCUGUAAACAUUGGAUCUAUUGCUCCACUACUUUCUUAAAAUUAGAUUCAAAUUAAGGAUAUCAAGUAAAUAGAAAUAAUGAGAAUGGAUGAUUUGCAUAAAAUUAGUGAAUUUCAAAAUGUCGAAAUAAAUUUAGGAAUUCAAAUACAAGAUUUAAUCAACAUUUUAUAUUUUUUCUAGAAAUCAUUAAUGAUUUAAUAUUAAAUAAUUUAUAAUGGAUACAUCCUUUCUAUAAAAAGUUAAAAAAUUUGA